UUCAUGUUCAUUUUGUUCAGCUAAGUUUAGAAGCAAUGGUUACCUUAAGGUACAUAAUAUGAGAUCACACACUGGUGAGAAGCCAUUUUCUUGUUCACAGUGUUCUGCUGCAUACACUCAAAAGAAUAAUUUGAAUGCACACCUCAGAACACACACAGGUGAGAAGCCAUUCUCAUGUUCAUAUUGUUCUUCUAAAUUUACUAAAAAUGGCCAUUUGAAUCUACACCUUAGAACACACACAGGUGAAAAGCCAUUCUCAUGUCCAUAUUGUUCAGCUAAUUUUAGUAGUAAUGGUUACCUUAAGGUACAUAUGAGAUCACACACAGGUGAGAAGCCAUUCUCAUGUUCACAAUGUUCUAAAGCAUUCAGUCAGAAGAUUCAUUUGAUUACACACCUCCGAACACACACAGGUGAGAAGCCAGUCUCAUGUUCAUUUUGUUCAACUAAGUUUAAUAGCAAUUUUGACCUUAAGGUACAUUUGAGAUCACACACUGAUAAAAAGCCAUUCUCAUGUUCACAAUGUUCUACUGCAUUCACUCAAAAGAAUAAUUUGAAUGUACACCUCAGAACACACACAGGUGAGAAGCCAUUCUCAUGUUCAUAUUGUUCUUCUAAAUUUACUCAAAAGAACCAUUUGAUUGUACACCUUAGAACACACUCUAGUGAAAAGCCAUUUUCAUGUUCAUUUUGUUCAGCUAAGUUUAGAAGCAAUGGUUACCUUAAGGUACAUAAUAUGAGAUCACACACUGGUGAGAAGCCAUUUUCUUGUUCACAGUGUUCUGCUGCAUACACUCAAAAGAAUAAUUUGAAUGCACACCUCAGAACACACACAGGUGAGAAGCCAUUCUCAUGUUCAUAUUGUUCUUCUAAAUUUACUAAAAAUGGCCAUUUGAAUCUACACCUUAGAACACACACAGGUGAAAAGCCAUUCUCAUGUCCAUAUUGUUCAGCUAAUUUUAGUAGUAAUGGUUACCUUAAGGUACAUAUGAGAUCACACACAGGUGAGAAGCCAUUCUCAUGUUCACAAUGUUCUAAAGCAUUCAGUCAGAAGAUUCAUUUGAUUACACACCUCCGAACACACACAGGUGAGAAGCCAGUCUCAUGUUCAUUUUGUUCAACUAAGUUUAAUAGCAAUUUUGACCUUAAGGUACAUUUGAGAUCACACACUGAUAAAAAGCCAUUCUCAUGUUCACAAUGUUCUACUGCAUUCACUCAAAAGAAUAAUUUGAAUGUACACCUCAGAACACACACAGGUGAGAAGCCAUUCUCAUGUUCAUAUUGUUCUUCUAAAUUUACUCAAAAGAACCAUUUGAUUGUACACCUUAGAGCACACACUAGUGAAAAGCCAUUUUCAUGUUCAUUUUGUUCAGCUAAGUUUAGUAGCAAUAGUUAUCUUAAGGUACAUAUGAGAAUACACACUGGUGAGAAACCAUUCUUAUCUACAUAAUGUUCUAAUGUGUUUACUCAUAAUAAUUUGAUUAAAUACUUCAGAUCACACAGGUGAUAAGCCAUUCUCAUGAUCCUUUUAUUAGUACCAAUGGUUACUUUAAGGUACACGUAAGAUCCUACACUGGUAUAAAGCUAUUCCCAUUUUAUUUUAUUUUUUUAAUUUACCUACCUAAAAGAGCCAUUUGUUUGUACACCUUAGAACACAUAUUGGUGAGAAACACCAAUCUCAUGGUCAUUAUAUUUUGGUAAUUUAGUGACAAAGAGUUCACUUUGGAUACAUAUAGGAUCACACCAAUAUUUAUUUAUUUAUUUAUUUAUUUAUUUAUUUAUUUAUUUAUUUAUUUAAUAUUGGUUGCAUGCCUACCUACAGCUUAUGGCCUUGGGUGGUAGGCAGGAUACAAACAACACAGAUAGAUGCAGACAGAACAAAACAAUACAAAAUACAAGACAACAAAACAAUAACAAUACACACAACAUGCAAAAUUUAACAAUUAGUAAAUAAUUUCUUUACAAAUUUAUAAUUUAUAAUGUAGGAAAUAAAGAAAUUAACUUAGGUAUGGUUGUAUUUUAUUUAAUUUUAUGUUGCUCUCUAAUACCGAAAAGAACC